CUCAACUUGGUAGAGAUGACAGAAAUAGAAUACACACAACUUCAACAUAUACUUUAUUCCCAUAUGGAGGCACAAGCAAAUGAAAAUGAAACAGAAAAUAGAUUAAAUUCAAAUUGCUUCUCAACCAGUAAUACUGCAAAUCAAUCACAAUAUCUGUCAUCAUGUAAUACCAGUCAAGGCGGCUUUUCAUCAAACAGCUCUGGGAACCAGUCACUCUACCCCAUUAUCUGCCAGUCUGGCUUGGCUUCUGAUAGCAGUUUCAUGGGUCCUAAUCAGUGUCUAGGUCAUAUUGACUUCCAGGAGCUAAGAAUGAUGUUGCUUAGUGAAUCUAGCCUUCCUCUAAACCAAGCUGAAAAAACACCUAAUGGUAACUCUGGAGAUACUUCUGGGCAGAGUUUAGUUAAAGUUAAACAUAGUGAAAACUUGGGUGGCAUAAAUAAAGAAAAUGUGCUUCUGGAAAAUUCAGCACCAGUUCCUGAUUCUAGAGCCAAAUCUGCAGUCCGUGUUCGGUUGGAAGACAGAUUCAACAGUAUCCAGACUGAAAUUCCCAGGUGUCAAGAAACCCAAGAAACUGGAGUAGCCAUUAACAAUUUAGUAACCCUCAUCCGCCAUCCAUCAGAAGUGAUGGGUGUUCCUCUCCACCACCAGCAGAAUAAAUGUACCACAUUAGUGAAAAAUAAGACUGCUGCUGCAACUACUACUGCCUUACAGUUUACAUGUCCACUAUUCAACUCAAAUGCUGCUGCUGCUGCAACUGGAAAUGCAAACCCUUCACAAACGCAGGUUGGUAGCUCUGGAGCCUCUGUUUUGGAAGCUACCAAACAUCAAGAACUUGGAUUGCCUCGAAGUUUUUCUAUCUGUUACCAACAGGAAAUUGAAGCAACAAAACAGACACUUGGUCCUAGAAAUAAGGCUGUGCCUGAACACGUUUGGAUUAAACUGGGAGGGGAGGCUUUAUGCAAGCAAACAAUAAACAAAAGGAGCCGCAGUCGAAUACACUCCUUGGACACCAAUGUACAGCGCAAACCUCUUGGUGAUAUUCAAAAUGUGUGUGAUAACCAAAGCGCAGGUCCAGCACAGGGUACGUGGCAAGCAGCACAGCCAACUCAGAGCACACAAAGUGGAACCCAAGGUGGUGUAUCACAGCGUCGGGAGAGGCAUAACCGGAUGGAAAGAGACAGAAGGCGCAGAAUCAGGAUUUGCUGUGAUGAACUGAAUCUUCUUGUUCCAUUCUGCACUUCAGAUACUGAUAAGGCAACAACUUUACAAUGGACAACAGCAUUUCUAAAAUAUAUUCAGGAACGGCAUAGUGAUUCUCUGAAGAAGGAAUUUGAGACUGUGUUCUGUGGUAAAACAGGCCGAAGACUAAAACUAACAAGGUCAGAUUCAAUAGGAGCAUGUCCAGCGCAGGAGAUUACACAGAAUGGUACGUCUAUGGAGAUAAAAUAA